AAAUCGUUUGAACAAUUCAAUCCCCAAUUUAUAUAUAUAGUUCUAUCUUAAAUCCUCAAUGUAUUGAAGCUGCACAAAUCUUAAGUCUUAAACUUUAUCAGCAAUCAGCAAGCUAUGGAUUCAGACAUGGUGAAGAAUCUUGGAACCUCUCUGACGGUGCCUUCUGUUCAGGAGCUAGUAAAGCAACCCAUCACCAAAGUUCCAGAACGAUAUCUUCAGCAAAACCAAGACCCUUCUCUAGUUGUAUCUAGCACAAUCUCUUCACAACAAGUACCAAUCAUCGAUUUGAAUAAGUUGUUAUCUGAAGAAGAUGGAACUGAACUACAAAAGUUCGAUCUUGCCUGCAAAGAAUGGGGUUUCUUCCAGCUGAUCAAUCAUGGAGUCGAUCUAUCAUUGGUUGAAAAUUUCAAAAAACAUGUUCAAGAGUUCUUCAAUCUAUCUGCGGAAGAGAAGAAAAUUUUUGGGCAAAAACCUGGUGAUAUGGAGGGGUUUGGUCAGAUGUUUGUUGUAUCAGAAGAACACAAACUUGAAUGGGCAGAUUUAUUCUACAUUGUCACUCUUCCAACAUAUAUAAGAAAUCCAAACUUAUUUCCAAGUAUUCCCCAACCAUUCAGAGAUAAUCUAGAGAUGUAUGCUAUAGAGAUCAAAAAACUGUGUGUGACAAUCGUUGAGUUUAUGGCAAAAGCAUUAAAGAUCCAACCAAAUGAGUUGCUAGAUUUCUUUGAAGAGGGAAGCCAAGCAAUGAGGAUGAAUUACUAUCCUCCAUGUCCUCAACCAGAACAAGUCAUUGGACUCAAUCCUCAUUCUGAUGUUGGUGCUCUUACCAUUCUUCUCCAACUCAAUGAAAUUGAAGGCCUUCAAGUAAGAAAAGAUGGAAUGUGGAUUCCUAUUAAGCCACUCUCAAAUGCUUUUGUGAUCAACAUUGGAGACAUGUUAGAGAUAAUGACGAAUGGUAUUUAUCGAAGUAUUGAACAUCGAGCAACAAUUAACGCAGAAAAAGAGAGGAUUUCCAUUGCCACAUUUAACAGUGGUAGACUGAAUGCAAUUCUUUGUCCAGCACCAAGCCUUGUCACUCCUGAAAGCCCAGCAGUGUUCAAUAAUGUUGGAGUGGAAGAUUUCUUUAAAGCAUAUUUCUCACGCAAGCUUGAAGGAAAAUCACACAUUGAUGUCAUGAGGAUGGAAAACAAGGGAUAAUAAAAAAAAAUGUAUUGGGCUUUCAUGGUGGGAUGGAAAAUUAAAUAAAGAUUAUGGCAAAUAUAGUCAUGUUAGAUACAAUACAAUAUAAUAAGAGCAGUUUGAAUUUACGUUGUUUAAUAAUUUUAACUGGACUUUUUCCUUCGAAAUUUAAUUGAACUAGUAAAGUUGUAACCCACAUGGGUUGAUCUAGUGGUAUUGGCUUGGGACCUGGGAGUAUGGUCCUCCUUAAAGUCUCUGAUUCCGAUUCUCUCUGAUUCCAAUUCCGAUUCUCUCUGGUGCCGAUUCAACUGGUUUUCAUUUGCUUAUAUAUAUGUAGCACGGGAUUGUUCGGCAACCUCAACAUUUAAGCAUAAUUAAAAUAUGAAAAUUUUCAUAUCA